AUCAGGAUAACUGUGUGCAGAUGUUGGUGAGUGAGGACAUUCCGUCUCCCUCAUCUUACAUUAACCAACACAACACAGCAGAACAUCCCGGUCACAGCUGCUGCGAUUUAAGGUAAAAUCUGUAGGAACUGGCAGCCGAAAUACGCAAGAUUUACAAAUAAAACAUCAUCAUUUGGAGGCUUUCGCUUGGUUCUUCUGCAUGCCGAAUGAUCCCUAAGGAGAAAUCGUUUGUAUAUGCGAGACUGAAGCCUCGUCACCGGAGCGAACCUGCUGCUGCUGUUGCUGCCAGUGUGGGUGCUGUAUUAGCGGGCUAGCUUAGCCUGCUCCAUCCGCUACAGCCCCGAACAAAGAAGAUUUAACACCGGAGAAACUCUGCCUGCUUUAAAGCUCUACAGAAAUAUUCACUCCAGACUGUCAUGAUGUUUCCACAAUCCAGACACUCGGCUUCAUCACAGCAGCUGAAGUUCACGACGUCAGACUCCUGUGACCGCAUUAAGGACGAGUUCCAGUUCCUUCAAGCACAGUAUCACAGUCUGAAGAUGGAAUGUGACAAACUGGCCAGUGAGAAGUCAGAGAUGCAGCGUCAUUAUAUCAUGUACUACGAGAUGUCAUACGGACUGAACAUUGAAAUGCACAAGCAGGCAGAGAUUGUGAAAAGAUUAUAUGCGAUCUGCGCUCAAGUCCUACCCUUCCUGUCUCAAGAGCACCAGCAGCAGGUCCUAGGAGCCAUCGAGAGGGCCAAGCAGGUCACCCCACCAGAGAUGAACUCUAUUAUCCGGCAGCAGCUACAGGCUCACCAGCUCUCCCAGCUGCAGGGUCUCACCAUGCCAGUUACCCCCCUCACCCUGGGCCUGAGCCAACCGAGUGGCCUGCCCACAGUCACCUCCAGCUCUGCCCUCUUCUCCCUCUCCAGCAUCUUGGCAUCACAGGCCCAGCUCGCCAAGGAGGAUAAAAGCGCCAGAGAUGCCUCCGACAGCCAUCGCGACGAGGAUGCCGACAAGUCUGACUAGAAGCAGCUUAAUAACCCACUGGUCCUCUCAUCCUUCAGCACUUACUUACAAUGCAGCUCAUUCUUUCUGUCUUUCUUUCUGUCGUGUUGUAAAUCACUGUUGUGUUCCAAAUCAUUUAUUCCAGAUCAUUCCACGAGUUCCAGAUUUAGCACUCACCUUUUUUGAUAUUUUUUUUUUUUUUUUUUUUUUUUAUUAUUUCUUGUUGUGUGUAAAUACUAUAUGUACAAUGCAGUCCAUAUCCUGCUUGUUUCAGUAUGGCCAUAUGCUCCACUGAGACACCACCAGUGUUUCUUUGAGCACAUAUUAUCUCCCCUCUUUUGAUUUUCUUUCUGAUAAACUGUCCUUCAGUGUUUAAAGAAGCAGCAGGCUGAAGUACAAAUUGCCUGUUUGUAAAAAGGGUAAGAAUAAAUAGAAGACUUACUUCAGUGGGACGACUCCCAGGUGAGUUACAGAUAAAAUGAACGUGUAAAAAAUUUCAUCUAAAAAUGUUUCUCAUUCAUCCCAAAUGUAGUUGAUCAGCCGGUGCACGUUUAAUGUCCUGUCAUUGUUGCAUCACAUAAUAAACUUCAGAGCUGUAAUCUAAUCACAUCUCAUAUUUAAAUUAUUAGAGGCAGAUUUUCAACACAAAAUUUUAGACUAUAUAUAAUGACAAUUUACAAACAUAUUGUGGUGUUUGUAACUUAUUAGAUGAGCCAGAGCAGGUGCCUUAAUGCAGACUUACCAGCCACACACAUACAUUAAUGUUUAGGAAUAAUAUUCUUGUAAUAUUGGUCACAAUUGUAUGCUGUCUUGAUUAAAAAUAAAAUGUGUAUUAAAUGCCCUAAAUGUAGAAACUAUUUAGAAUAGUGUGUGGUUUGAGAUGCAUCAUGUGCUAAUCAAACCCACACCCAGGACUUCAGUCAAGCUAAUAAAAUGUCCUAAACAUCGGCAGGUUUUAAAUGUUGGGCUGUUGAUAAUUACAUGUAGUACACAUGUUGAAUGCAGAAGAUAAAGGCAGGUUAUGAAAAGGUUUACCGGUCAGGAUAAUAUGGACAUCUGUGCACAUGUUUUGAGCACUGCAUUGUUUACUUUCGGAAGAGAUGGAACCAGCACUAAAUAUGCAGGACCUGCUGGUAACGGCCUGGUACCAGAUACCACAGGGCAAGCUCAGAGGUCACAUUCAGAGAUCUUAAAUCUUGGAGCUUUUUUGACAGCAAAUUGGGCAGGUGGUCCUAAUGUUUUUGCUGAUCUUUGUAUGUUAGCCCUGUUGCACCCAUGCAGAACUAAAGUAUUUAACAGGACAUUAAACACGGCUGAUCAAAUACAUUGAAGGUGAGUGGUUAAGUUUGUUUAAAUCAGUAACAUUUAUAUAGUGGGAACUUUUAGAAGAAUAGUGAUCAUUUAAAGUAAACGUUAUAUUGCCCCGGCUUUUAAAUACAUAUACCUGUUUAAUAUGUGUUGGUUAUUUAAAAACCAAUCUCAACUAACCCAAACAGUAACCCAAUCACCAAGUGAAAGGGCAUGCUGUUAAAAAUUGGUAUCUACUAUUGUCCAUUUAGUAAUUAUGGGUAUUUUCCUUACAGAAAUGUGUUUGGGGAAACAAUAUGAUGAAAAUUGUAUUUGGGGAAAAACCAGAAGCACUUUUUUCUCAGCAGCUUUCCUUGUUUAGGUGCAUGUGAGCUGUUUUAAAAAAAGGAAAAGGUUAGGUGCUAAAGCACAUGAUUAAUGAGGUUCCAGGAUCCUCACAUAGAGCACACUGUGUUGUCUUAAAGUAAAUUGAACAGUUACACUUUAUAAACAGGUCUCUGUAGAGAUCAGUAGUAAAGCAUAAAGAUUUUUGCAUUUGAAAUAUUUACUCUGCUGUUUUGUUGUGCCUUGUCAGUGAUGAAUUUGUUCUUGUUCACCAGUAGGGGGUGCUAAACCUUCACAUGUUGGCUCUGUUAUGGUUCUGUUAUGAUCAGUCUGCGAUUUCAGUGCUUUAUUUCUCUGUUCUCGUCAGUUAUUACACGAUUUCUUACACAGAUAUUUUCCCUUGUUCUGCAAAAUGAGAUUAUUAAUGCAUAUAAAUUCAAUAAACAUUAAUCACGUGAGUCCGGUUCUAGCAGUUUAAAGCAGUAAAGAUCCCAUAUACAGCUGAGCUGCAUUUCAUUACAGUCCCUGAGCAGUGAGCGCCCUUGUGUUCGUGAUAUAGGCUAGGAGAAUUUCAGUUAAUCAAAUCCCUUAAUACUGAUGGUCCUGCAAAGUCAUCACAUAAAAGACAGUAAAACAUCUUUGACAAUCCCUUUACUUUCUAAAGUAAUAUUUUGUCUAAACACGUGGUCAGCAUUUACCUCAGGAUAACUAAGCUAGCUAACAUUAGCUAUGUAAAAGUUAACAAGCUAAAUAAGAUUUUGGUGGACGGUCACAGAUUACUUUCACAUCAUUGGUAGUUUUGUAGCAAAGAAUAAUGAAUCAUUAGUACAGACAGAAGUGAACUCGAUAUAAUACCGCUUCCACUAUUUGCUGGGUAAACUUAAUCUCACUUAAAUGUCCGGGAACUACUGGGGUGAUUGAAAGGCGCCUCUGGUCAUUAAAAACCACCUUUGGUUUUUAAUUUUUCCAAUUUUUAACAAUACUUAUAAUCUUCUGGGAUAGGUUCGGAAACCACUACCCACCCUGACCUGGAUAAUUUUAUAUUAUAGCAAAACUUAAUGACCCUAUCAGGUGUAAAUGUGGUCGGUAAAAAUAAUUGUGAAUAGAUCCAAUAUAUUUGUUGCAUAACCUGUAGUUUGAAUGUAUUACACAGUCUUAACUGUCCCAGGUUCUACACAUGAUCUCACAGGUGCUGGUUUUAGCCAGUGUUGCUUCAAAGAAUAGAGGAAAGGGGAUUGUCAUCCCAUGCACCAAGUGUGCAGCUAAUUAUGCUUUUUAAUGCCACUGGCUGGAGAUGGCUUGUUGGGUCUUGAACUUUUAAUUCAUUCUAAAUAUGGUGAACCUUGAUGCUUUAUCACUGAUGUAUUUUAGGGUCUGAAUUUAUUUGAUGUUAAAUCAUGCAACAGAUCAUCUAUGUUAUCAUAAAACAUAAACUAUCUUAAAGCAUGUUGUCAUGUACCACAUGUUUUGUAAAGUAUAAGAUCAGUUUGGGGGAAAUUUAAUUGGACAUCCUAGUUUCCAUAGUUUUCUCAUUUAUAAAUACAAACAUUAAGGAAAUUAAAAUGUACAGCAUAGUCUGCGUCUAGAUAAUAUAACCCCAGUUAUUUUGGUGACGAUAGCUAAACAUUAUGGUGAUGUUAUUAGAACAUUAUGGAGGAUGUGUAGUUUUUUUUAAAUAGAAUCUGCCAUACUGUAAAGUGCAUUGUAUUAUUACCGACAUGUGGGAGAUUGCAUCACAUGCUAACAUUUCAAAAGUUCUCUACUUCUGUGUGUAUGUGUGCAGAUUGUAAUUAUUUAAUGCAGAAUUCAGACAGAUAAAAUGUAUGUCUGUCUGAUUGAGGCAACCUGAUGCAGUAAAUGUGUAUUGUUCUAUAUGGAACUAAAUCUUUGUGUCUACACAUGUAUCUGUAUUGUUUUGACAGCUCAGCUUUAAAAACUGUUUCUUUCAAAUAGUCUGAAAUAAUGCCCCCAUAAACCCAUUCUACCCUGCAUCUCACCCUCACACCUUUGCUUGGUCCUUUGCAUGGUCAUGCAUUAAUGUGCAUAAUGCAUUUUAUGCUUUGAAGAAGUCUUUUUUUUUUCUUUUUAUUGUACAACCUAAAGUGCAAAAACAACAGCUUGAAGAUGAAAUGAUCAAACAAACAUUUUACUCUAUAUAAAUGGAUAUUUCCGCAGUAAGGAAAUGCUGCUGGUGCCUUACAAAUAAAAUCAGUUUGGUGGAUGAAAUGGAA